UAGUAGUCGAAUGGUGACGAGGGACAACAGUAUCAUCUGGAAAAUGAAACAAAAAUUCAACACCUAUAUAGUAUAUCCAACUGCUCACAAAUUGACGGAAUAAUAUUCAAAUUCAGACCUCCACACAACAAUCCACCAAAUCUCCACCGAUAUCCGUACAUAAUCCUUCAGGUGUUUGUGCAUUUGCCUAAAAGAGAUAUUCAUCAGUGGAAGUUAUUAUAGGUUCAUAUCACGAGUUUGCAGAGAUAGGUUAGUGAUGUUAGUGGCAUUGUGACUGUAAUUAUUGAAGUUAAUGGCUGUCCAUUGCAACUCGCUACAAACAUAAAGGACGAAAAGUGCUUUUGCAUCGAAGAUGCUCUAAUGGCAGGACUGAUAGAAUCACAACAUCUAGCACUGUCAUUCAAAGAAAUAGAAACGGCAACCGAAAAUUUCCGAACAUGUAUUGGAAAAGGUGGAUAUGGUCAUGUGUACAAAGGAGAACUCUUGAUAGCCGGAAAACUCACCGCGGUUGCUGUAAAAAGGUUAAAUGAUCGUCUCGGACAAGGGUUAAAGGAAUUUUUAACAGAAAUUCAGCUGCUCACUGGUCAAGAGCAUCCGAACGUCGUUUCUCUUCUAGGUUAUUGUGACGAGGGGACAGAGAAGAUCAUUGUCUACGAAUAUGCAGAGCGUGGAAGUUUGAAUCGGUAUAUAAGGCCUAGUGAUACCGCCUAUUGUCUUACGUGGCUGGAAAGACUCAAAAUAUGUGUAGGGGCUGCUUGUGGAUUAGAUCACCUGCAUAGUCACGUCGGAAAGCAUCAAAGCAUAAUCCACAGGGAUAUAAAAAGCGCCAAUAUUUUGUUGGAUGACAAGUGGGUUGCAAAAAUUUCCGACCUUGGAUUGUCCAAGUUAAGUUUAGCGGGUUUAGAUAGAAGUGCGGUUAUUUCUCAUGCUUGUGGCACACCUGGAUAUGUUGAACCAGAAUACAUUACAAGCGGCAUCGUGACAAAAAAAUCAGAUGUUUAUUCUUUUGGUAUGGUACUAUUUGAAGUUCUUUGUGGAAGGUCGUGUACGGUUAAAGAGGAUGAUGGCUUAUAUUUAUCAGCCCCAAUGAUUAAAGAAUACUACAAAGGAAGGAAACUGGACGAGAUUGUUCAUCCUAUAUUAAGGAAACAAAUAAGCACAGAUUGCAUGUACAAAUUUUCACGAAUCGCAUAUAGAUGCUUGCAAGAUGGUCGAGAACGCCGGCCUCCUAUGCAUGUUGUCAAGAAAGAGCUUGAAGAAAUGUUGAAAAUCGAGUUGUCCCGAUCAGGUUCUCUCUCCAUUGAGGCAGAGUCAACAGACACACAACCUGUAAUCCAGCCUAUUGUUGUCCCUGCUCUUCAAACGAGCGAGUCUGAGAAAAGUAACUCCAUUGUGGCAUCACCAACAGACACACAGCCUAUUGGUGUCCCUGCUCUUCAAUUGAACGAGUUGAGGAAGAUUACUGCUAACUUUGGUGUUAAGUCAAUAAUCGGGGAAGGUACUUUUGGAACUGUGUACGCUGGUCACUUAAGCAGUGGCCAGGCUGCAGCUAUUAAAAGGUUCAAGGAAAAUGGACAAACAGGCGGAAAUUUUUUAGCUCAGGUUUCUAAGGCAUCGAGGCUUAAACAUGAUAAUGUGAUUCAAAUGCUAGGAUUUUAUAUGGAUUAUGAAUGGAGAAUACUUGCUUACGAAUACGCUCCAAAAGGAUCUCUUCAGGAUAUUCUCCAUGCACGUGGACGACAUGCUAUAUUAACAUGGUCCGAAAGAGUUAAAAUUGCUACUGGGGCUGCAAAAGGGCUUGAAUACUUGCAUGGAAUGGAGAUUAUCCAUCGUGAUAUAAAGUCUAGUAAUGUUCUGGUUUUCGACGACCAUGUUGCUAAGAUUGGGGAUUUUGAUUUAUCAGACCAAACCGACAUGUCACUGUCAGAACGUUCUCAUUCUACCCAAGGUUUUAACUUUGGUUGUAAUGCACCUGAAUAUGCCUUGACUGGACAGCUGGAUUCAAGGAGUGAUGUUUACAGCUUUGGAGUUGUUCUCUUGGAACUCUUGACUGGCCGAAAGCCUGUGGACAAUAAUCGUCCGGAAAGAGAACGAAGUCUAGUCACUUGGGCGAAACCAUAUCUUUGUAACAGAAGAAAGUUCAAACGGAUUGUUGACCCUAAACUAGAAGGAGAAUACCGUCUAAAAACAGUUAUGAAGAUGGCGCUAGUUGCAUCCUUGUGUUUGAAACUUGAGCCUAAAACGAGGCCAAAGAUGAGCGAUGUUGUUGAACAACUGCAACGAAUGCUCAAAGCUCGUCCCGCUCCGCCUCCACCUCCAUCUCCACCUCCUCCUCCAUCUCCACCUCCACCUCCACCUCCACCUGCUGAAGCGUCACGCUUGAGCCUAUUUAUGUGUUGUUGCAGAAGACCAACUUAGCAGAUAUACCCCUAUGCAUCCCUUUGGCUUCUAACUCCUUCCACUUCAAUGCGUACCCUCUUCUCCUAGGAGCUUCCUCAAAACACCUGCCUGCACUCUGUCCUCGCACCCUCUAUGCAUCAGUUAGUUACAAAGAAGAUGAAUUAAUGGAAUUAGAAGUCGCAUCAACAGAUGUUGCUUUGUGGCCUUUACGAUGGAUUCUUCUCCGCCGGUCGCUGAGAGAUUGUUAUCGGUUUGCAUUGUCUUCUCGCUGUUUUCGGCUUAUCCUUUACCGAGUUAUGAAUCGACGGCGCGAAUGUUUAUCAGUUUGCGAUUCAUGAAUCGAUCAUGAUUUAACAUUUUGUCGGUGUGAAAACAUGAUUUGGAUGUUUUUUCAUGGUCAGAUUUUGUUUUUUCUAUCCACGUUUUAGCUUUUAUAUAUGGUUUUUUAAAGUCUUUCUUUUGAGCAAAAAAGGUGAUGUGUUUACAUGUAAUUUGAUUUUCAAAGGUUUGAUUUGAAUAUAUUGAGGCCAUGUACAUGGUUUGUUCUAUUAAAUGCUUCAAUGGUUUGUUCUA